GUGCCUCCCCCCCAGUCGCAACACGGUGUAACGAAAGAACGUAAAAGUGGCGGAAAGAAAGAAAUCACAUUUGACUUUGGGGAAAGACCUUCGCAUUGCCGUUAAGAUGUCGUUAAACGGAAUGCGAAAGAUUCCGCAGAGCAAAGUGGCGGCUGGAGGGCGAAAUUUGAGCCCUUUUGACCAUCUGCAGCAGCAGAUGGAGGAUAUUGUGGGCAAUGGAGGGGUCCUGAAGGAGGUGGUCCACCCUGGAGAUGGCCCGCCCGUGCCCCCAAGUUCUUCAGUGUUAAUGCAUUACUCGGGCUACUUGGAGUAUUCGGAUCUGCCGUUUGAGACCACGACUAACGUCAAGCAUCCCCGCCUCAUGAAGCUGGGCCGAGACGUGACGCUGAUCGGGAUGGAGCUGGGCCUGCUGACCAUGCGCAAAGGCGAGUUCUCGCGCUUCCUGCUGCAGCCGCGCUACGCCUACGGAGACAUGGGCUGCCCGCCCUUCAUCCCCGCCGCCGCCCGCGUUUUGUUCGAGAUCCAGCUCCUCGACAUCCUGGACUCGGGACAAGUGGACGGAUUUGUCCGGCUCACUGCGGAGGAGCAGAACGAGUUUCCGUUGUCCAAAUUGAUGGAAGUGGUCAACACGCUGCGCACUUUCGGCAACAGAUGCUUCAAGCAGAGUCGCUACGAAAAAGCCAAAGAGCGCUACAAGCAGGCGGUGGUGUUGCUGGGCAACAGGGCGAAGCAUAGCGAUGGCGAACAGGAGGACGUCCGGGCGGCCCUGCUGCCUCUUUAUCUGAAUCUGUCGUUCGCGGCGCUGCGUCUGGAAAAUCCAAAGAAAGCUCUCAAAUACGCAAAAAUCGCCUUGGACAUCGACUGUACCAGCACCAAGGCACUUUACCGCUGCGCACAGGCGCAUGUGGAGCUGCGGGACUACGAGAGCGCUCACGGUUGCCUCGUCAAAGUCCAGGCCAGGAAGCCCUUUGAUGGCGACGUCAACAACCUCCUGAAGACGGUCACCAUGUGCUACAAAGACAACUUGGACAAAGAGAAAGACUUGUACGCCAAGAUGUUCCGAGGCUUGAAGAACCCAGAUGUGAAAAUGUGUGCAUCCGUUGCAGGUGAUCCGUGUGAAUGAUGAGCCACUGCAAAGCCACAGUCAAACAUUAAUCAUACAGUGCAGUAUCAAGUUCCUCUCAUGUUAAAUGUACCGCGUUGGGUGGUUUCAUGGGACUUGGGGUUGUGCACUCUUACACAAAUAAAUAAUUGGAAAUUAAAUUGCUGUGAAAUCAUACUGCUGUUGUGAUGAGUUUGAGCAGCUCAAUUGCUGUAACACCAAGAGGCAACACGAACGGGCAAAACUUGUUCAGCAAGUCAGUCCAAAUGCAAAUGAGUUCAUGGUCCCUGAGCAAUUCUCCACAAAUGGCUACCAGUUACAUUUUUGGAAAAGAAUUCUAAUAAUUGUACGCACGUACAGUCCAUGGUUCCGUGGUUCCAAACUCAGGACCCAACUGUAAUUGGGGGGUCCACAAAGUCAUGUGCAAUAAAUUACGUGCAAAUGUACAUAUGGCGACCGCCAACCCAAUAAAGCAAAACAAUUAUUCCCUAUCUUUGUUUUAGGUCAAUUAAAAGUUCUAAUUGGAUUUGUAUUAAUUGCAUACAGGGAAGCUGACAUCACAUUUUCUUCCUAUUAAACGGGAAUAUUUCGGUUGAAACGUUAAAAAAAUGUUACCCAUGGUCAUUAUGUUUAAUUGGUGUUAGAUUAUGAAGGCAUCAUCUCCCCUUUAAGGGGGUUGAGACCCCCUGGAGUUGGUCCCCCUGCACAAAUGCAGCCAAGUCUAAUAGCUGUAAGAUACUUCAAAAUGUUCCUUAUUGUACUUGAAAAACAGCACUGCGGCUUAUUUCUGUUACAUGAGAAGCUCAAAGUAGACUUUGACAGCUCUCAGCAUGAUUCAGCGCACUUCCGCACCACUUAGUCUGCUCCUAAUGGCCGCGUAAAGACGGAAGACGGCGUUGAGUGGAAAGUUGAAAGCAAAGAAUGGAGACAGACGGAGCGAAAGAAGGGAUGACAGGGGAUCAGAGGAGGGGGGAGGGGCAAGAAGCAAGACAAUCUGA